AUGAAGAACCACGUGCGGUGGUUCCUUGCGCUGCUACCUUGGGUAGCAGGUACCGUUCUCGGCCAAGACAGCACGAAUGCAGCAACUUCUCCGUUGGAGCUCAUGUCUCAGAUCCCUCAAUGCGCCGUCUCUUGUGUUACGACAGCGUUUUUCAGUUCAGGCUGCGGACUAGACAACAUCGCCUCAUGUGUUUGCACUAACGUCACCCUCCUAGAUGGACUAUCUGGAUGCGUGCAAACAUCGUGUAGCUGGCAAGAUCAGCUGUCAUUAUCUUAUAUGACGGAUGACCUCUGCCGUCCUUACCCUCAUCCAUCUCGAGACACCGAAAUCAAGCUGGUUGUGGCGGUCUUGGCCGUGAUAACCUUUCCGAUUGUGAUAUUGAGAUUGGUUUCGAGAUGGAUUAUAGCAAGCCGCCUAGAGCUCGAUGAUUGGAUGACGAUAGUCACUGCCGCUAUACUAGCUACCACCCUUGGUUGCGUAGUUGCGACCGCCGAUCUUGGCUUCGGGCUUCAUUACUGGAACGUGAACCCGGAAAAUGCCCAGAAGAUUCUUCAACUCUACUACGCUGUUCAAAUGCUUUACGUCGUCGUCCUCAUCCUAGCAAAGCUGUCCAUCGUUGCCCUUUUCGCCCGCGUGUUCCCCGAUCGUAAGUUCCAAAUCAUCAACAAACUAGUAUUUCGCAAAUGCGUCAAUGUCAACGCCGUUGCUAUGGCCAGCGCAAUUCUCAGCAUCGUUGAGGAUAUCGUCAUUUUCGCUAUGCCCAUCCAGCAGCUCAGCAGGCUCCAAUUGGGUUUCAAAAAGAAGAUUGCGGUUGGCUUCAUGUUGAGUCUUGGAUCAUUCGCAUGCAUCACUUCCAUUGUGCGAUUGCGCUGGCUCGUACUGUUUGCGGAGUCUUAUGACACCACAUGGGAUAACGUCGAUGUGGUGACAUGGAGCAUGGCCGAGAUCUCGUGCGCCUUGAUGUGCGGUAGUCUUCCUGCAUUACGACCUCUCCUCAAGAAGAUCCCGGGACUUCUCACGACUAUCCGAGGCACACGCCCGACGGUUGAAGUCAAGGAAACUUUGAACAGAGCAAGCAGCCGGCUUUCAUUCGGAGACAAGAAGCCUGUUGCUCCAGCUCCCGUCAUCACAUCACGGCCCCGAACGGUACCAUCCCCCGAGCCCUCGCCUUCAGAGGACUCAUUCAUGAUCAAGGUUCACAUUUCGGAGCAUCUCGAUCCGAGGAUGAAGCCACUGCCACCAGCGCCAUUACAGCCGCUUAGUUAUCAGCCUCCGUGGAGAGAUAGCGCCACAUUGCAGGCUCCUAGAACGCCGAUGACCCCGAUGAGCAUCAGGAGUUUCCGAAGAGAGGCAAAUGCAGAGUACGAGUUAGACUUGAGAGGGGUCGUUAAUACGAAGACCUGGAUGUAG